UAUUGGUAUCCAAUGAGCACAAAUUGAUUUAACAACUUCAAAAUCCGUUGUCAUAGCCUGGGCCUGGCCUUAUCAAUGAUGUCCCCAGUCUUGUAUAAAUAGACCCCCGCGUUUGUAAGCCGGCAGCAGUUGAAGACUAGCUGUUCACGUGGAAAAGCCUUGGUCAGAAAGAUUAUUACUAUGAAGCUCAUCAUCGUCCUGUCACUGUUUUUGGGUGCUCUGGCACAGUGGGACCCAAACAACGUGUCCGGGCGACACACGGCCGUGCACCUGUUUGAGUGGAGGUGGGCGGACAUCGCAGCCGAGUGCGAGCGUUUCCUGGGGCCCUACGGCUUCGGUGCAGUGCAGGUGUCUCCUGCAAGCGAGAACCGUGUGUCCUGGGGCCGUCCGUGGUGGGAGCGCUACCAGCCGGUCAGCUACCAGCUGCAGACCCGCAGUGGGAGCGAGGCGGAGUUCAGGGACAUGGUGAAGAGGUGUAACGCUGCGGGCGUCAGAAUUUACGUCGAUGCUGUGUUCAACCAUAUGGCAGAGGGGUCAGGGUAUGGUACAGCUGGGUCCAGCUACAAUGGGUUGGAUUUCCCGGGUAUCUACAGUGCCUUUGACUUCAAUGAUGCCAAGUGCCACACCGCAAGUGGAGGCAUUGAAAGCUAUAACGAUGCCAACCAGGUCCGUAACUGCAAGCUGCAAGGAAUGGCAGAUCUUAACCAGGGCUCCGAAUACGUCAGGGGAAAGAUCUCAGAGUACCUGAACAAGCUCAUCGACGCCGGUGUUGCUGGGUUCCGAGUGGACGCGUGUAAGCACAUGUGGCCGGGUGACCUGCAGGCCAUCUCCGGCAGACUGCACGAUCUUUCCACGGAGUACUUUCCCGCGGGUACUCGACCUUUCUUUGUCCAGGAAGUGAUUGACGUUGGGGGCGGUGAGCCCAUCACAUCCGACCAGUACCAACACGUCGGCCGCGUCACCGAGUUCAAGUACUCAAAGUUCAUCGGAGAGGUGUUCAGGAAGUGGAACAACCAGAAGCUGAGCUACUUUUCUACCUGGGGAGAAGGUUGGGGCAUGCUGCCUUCUACUAGUGCUCUAGUCUUCGUGGAUAACCAUGACAACCAGCGUGGCCACGGUGCCGGCGGUGCCAGCAUCAUUACAUUCAGAGACUCCAAACUUUACAAGAUGGCCAAUGCCUUCAUGAUGGCCCAUCCGUACGGCUACACACGUCUGAUGUCCAGCUACUAUUUCGACCCUCACGCCACUGACCAAGGUCCUCCCAGUACCAAUGAAAACACCAACGGCGUCACCAUCAACUCUGACAGCACCUGUGGAGGAGACUGGAUAUGUGAACACAGGUGGCGGCAGAUUAGAAACAUGGUGCAGUUCCGUAACGUGGUGACCGGACAGAGUCUGCAGAACUGGUGGAGUAACGGGAACAACCAGAUCGCCUUCUCACGUGGCAACAAGGGCUUCAUCGUCAUCAACAACGAUGACUGGAACAUGAACGAGUGGCUGCAAACAGGCAUGCCAGCCGGAGAUUACUGUGACGUCAUUUCCGGCGACAAGCACAACGGCCACUGCACUGGCACGACCAUUACAGUAGGAGGGGACGGACGGGGGCAUUUCCACAUCUCCAGCCAUGCUGAUGAUGGUGUCAUUGCCAUCCACCAGGGUUCUAAGCUGUAAAAUUACAUGGUCCCGAAUAACAAUGCAUUUGCAUCACAAAUGAUUGCAACGCAUGAGUCUCAGUCUUGAAGUAAAAUAAAUCAUGGACAUGAAAUCGUCAUAGCA